AUGAAUGCACCGCUGUUAGCUUUGGAAAUCUCACUGGCCGUUAGAGUGGACCUGGACGUCACGCUUCCUGGUGAGGGCGGGAAAGAUCGUCCGUUCAAAGUGACCAUGCGUUUUGUGUCGCUGGUGAGCUGGCACAUGCUGCACGAGGUCCUGACGGGGCGCGCGGUGGCGGAGCCUGUGGACCUGGACAAACCCAUCAGCACCAACCCAGUGCACGCUGUGGAUGUGGUCCUGCGCCACCUGCCCUCCAUGAAAUACACCCCAGUGGGACGCUCCUUCUUCUCGUCUCCGGAGGGCUACGACCACCCGCUGGGAGGAGGCCGCGAGGUGUGGUUUGGGUUCCAUCAGUCGGUCCGUCCCGCCAUGUGGAAGAUGAUGCUCAACAUCGACGUCUCUGCCACAGCGUUCUACAAAGCUCAGCCCGUGAUCCAGUUCAUGUGUGAGGUGCUGGACAUCCACAACAUCGACGAGCAGCCGCGCCCUCUCACCGACUCGCACCGCGUCAAGUUCACCAAAGAGAUCAAAGGGUCCAGGCCCGGACUGGAGCGUGUACGUUCAACAAUGCGUAGAGAUGGAUUUAAAACAUCUGUCAGCCUGGCCCUCCUCUUUAAACAGUGCGACGGAUGGAGAGGCCUGGUAAACAGGGGAGACUGGGACCAGGUGUCUCAGAUGGACGAGCUCCCGUCAGAUAAUGGCUUUAAACACAGCGUUCCUCACACAGACAGACACUGA